GUGAAAACUCACUCUACAGUACAUUGUCACUCUUGGAUGUAGUGGACCAGUGUGGACUUCAUAUGCUGUGCCUAUAAAACUGAAACUAACAGAAAGCAGUUGCAGAGAACUAUAGAUACAAUUUAAGAGAAAAGAAGAUGUGGACGGUAAUGAUACUGAUGACCUUUCUGCAUACCCCUGCAUACACCAUUGCUGAAAGCAAUACAUGUUAUACAUUAAAUGGUACUAUACUAAUUUGGUCAAAAUUCAACAAUUGUUCGAAUGUAAUCUUAAGGCAUAAAAGCAUCACUGCUAUUGAAACGAGUCAGGAAAGUCGUUAUGACAAACUUAUGAAAUUUGAUAUUUCUGAUAAUAAUCUUAAAAGACUUCCUGAAGAUUUUCUAUUUAAUUCAGUUUGUUUGGAAGAAGUUCACCUAGGUAACAACAGUCUAGAGAGCUUACCAGAAAUGUUUCUCAUAAAUUCAUCUAGACUGAAAACUUUAAGUCUUGAAGGUAAUCCACUACGUGAAGUUCCUGCAAGUGUUUUCCAUGUGACUCUUGUCACCCUGACCAUAGACUGCAAAUGUGAAUUGGUCAGCAAUAUUUCGAUGCAUUUGAAUGGCAAUGUUACAAAAUACCCCAAACUGUCUGCAACGUGCCAAAUGUCUUCAGAGUGGAUGAACCUAAAGGACUUCUAUGAAGAAAACUGUGGCAAACAAUACUUAGCCCUGUACAUCGUUUUACCAAUAUUGGCGAUAGGAUUGAUCAUUGGAGGUGUAGCUCUGUAUAUAUGGAAGUGGAAGAGAAGUUCAACAAGUUUAGAAAACAAGGGUGCACCAGACAAGUCACCUGCUCAUGUGCAACAACGUUACACGUCAAGGAAUACGGAAGGAAUUGAGACAACUUUAAGCCCACACCAGAGACAAGAUUAUGAAAAUGUUUUUGUUGAUCACUUGCGGGCUACUGAAACAAAAUCUCAUGGCUUUAUGGGAAAUGAGCAUAAACCAAGCACUCACAGCAGCAAACAUACAGCAGAGGAAGACGUAUAUCUGGAAAGUGAGAUCAAUGACGGUGACCAACCAAUUUACACCAACACCCAGGGGAUUUAUUACAAUUACACAGAACCUAGUUUUAUGGAAGGCAUGAACAAAGAAGAAGAUGAUGUGUACAUUUUACCUGAUCAGUAAAGUAUCUGUUGUCCAUAUGAUACAGCAUGUAUAAUGGGUCAGACAUUACACCAAUGAUAUCUUAUUGUACCCAUAGCAAUCAUCAGUAUGAAGCUACAGUUAAUACCACACAAUCUGCAUUUAUUUCUGUCACAAACUCAGCAGUGUAAGCCUGGCCAUUCAUGUAAGAUACCUGUUAACAAACAAAUACCACUUCCAAUCCUUUCAUACACACGCAUGCUUAGUAGUAGGAAAGAAUCUUAAGAAUAUUUGCAGCACUCUAAUGUGAAUUGUGUCAAACAUUGCAGUGACAUGGGUGAAUAAAGACCAUAUUGGUUGACACAAUUCACAUUGGAAUGUGUGGAUUUUCCUUUUAUGUGUACUGGAACCCUUUAUCAAGGUCUGAUACACUUGCACCCAACUCUUUUUCAUUCACUGUGGAAGUGCUGUGUAUUAUAUAAAUUGGAAAAUUGAUGUUACAGUUAUUAUUGGCAAUCCAUGGAUAUAUAAAUAGGGAAAGGGAAGAAGUAAAUAUUACAAGCAUAGGACCAACAGUAAUUAUAGCUAACUGUAAGAUUAUAGUAGAAACUUCAAGGAAAAUAAAAUUACCAUACAUGGACACUAUACAAACUUUGGUCUCUCCAGUCCCUUUUGUCUCUUCCCCUUAUUUGCUCAUUACAGAAAAUGAAAAUUUUCACCCCCUAUUUAGCAUAUAUAGGAGAUGCCGGAUACACUGUUUGAAGUGAGUAGGUCAUAGUAAAACAAUGAGUGCAUACUAAUGAGGUACAUUUCAUUCAGAUAUGCAAUCAUAUGCAUGAUUCUCUACUGAAUUCACAUAAAUGACUAUCAUUAUUCCCAUAAAAUCAUAUUUCUUAUAAAAGGAUUGGGUGGGCAGUUGAAAUCCAACAUGCCUAUUUUUAUCUCCUGCAACAUCUGAUCUUAAGAGUCAGGAGGUCCCGUUAUACCGUAGAUGCUUGACCAGUCCUCCCAAAACCAGUGAGUUUGGCCGCAAACAUUUAAUAUUGCAUGGCCAGCUUAAGAGAUACGUCUGCCUUAAUGAUGUAUUUCUGUCAUUCCUUCAAUAUACGUAUAGUUCAUGUAAAAUAAAAUAUUCUCUUUUGUUCACCAUU